GAUCUUAUCAGCUCAUCGCGCGAUUCCCUCGGAGCUACACGGCACUUUUUUCCAUGACUACGGCGACGGCCUUGCAGCGGCUCAGAUCUCGCCAACAUACCAGGCCGAUCACAUAUCCUACAGCUCCGACCGCGGUAUGAAAAUCUCAAUCACAGGCAUCGACGACGCGCCUACAUUGGCAUCCGACUUUUCGAUAAUGUAUGGAAAGGUACAGGCGUUCGCGCAAGCUGCACCAGGACGAGGUAUUGUGAGCGCACUCGUUCUGCUCUCUGAUGAUGGGGACGAGAUCGAUAUCGAAUGGGUAGGAGUGGACUCUGAACACUUCCAGAGCAACUACUUCUCAAAGGGCAACACCACCACCUGGAACCGUGGAGGAAUUCACUCUGUCAGCGCCGCAACGUCUUCCUUCCACACCUACACGAUAGACUGGACUGCCUCCCAGAUCGUCUGGUCAGUCGAUGGCGUGGCCGUGCGCACUCUAUCAGCCGCCUCUGCCCAGGGAUUUCCUUCUUCACCUUCCCAAUUCAAGGUCGGAUCCUGGGUCGCAGGAAGCCCGUCUAACAGCGAAGGCACCAUCGGGUGGGCUGGAGGGUUGGCGAAUAUGUCGCAGGCACCGUUCGAUUAUUUUGUGAAGGGUAUAUAUAUCGAAGACUACUCCACCGGUACUUCGAGACUGUUGGCACGAGAUCCUGAGGCUGCUGAGAUAUUACGACACGAAAACCAAAAGCGGGAUUCUGAUAGCUCAUCGAGAACGACCACAGCAGCAACAAUAACAGCAGCAGCAACAGAAACAGCGAAUCCAGCUCUAAGUCCUGUCGGGCCAGUCCAGAACGUGACUCUACCUCCUGUGAUUUCAAAUGCAACUGCUUCAGCCUCGCCAGCUGUCGUCACUACCAGUGCAGGAGCGCAGAUAGGAUGCAAUUACCUGAGCGCAGGAGCGCUAUCCGCCGUUGCUGUUUUGUUCAUCACCCUUUUUUGACGAUGAAGAAGGAUCUGCUUGCAAUAUUGUGAAUUGUAUUUGACCAGCUUGUGUUUUGAGCCUAUGUAUGAGUAAUAUGAUAGAAUGAGUGUGCAUACAAGUUCCCUGACUCGUUUGCACCAGACAAUAUGCCACGGUGACUGCUGUAUCUGUAUUUAAUCGUAAAGUGAAUGGAUGAUUUUGUGGGGUUUGUGUUUACUAUUCAGCUGCGGCUCGGAAAGUGGUUGCCGUGACAACUGUAUUUAGCUUAGCGUGUGUAGGUUUGUUGACAGACCACAACAAAGACAUCUCUCGCGGCGUUCUCUUUCUUCCCA